UAAGCAUUGAAAUAUUGUUGCUCCAUUGCAAUGCAUGCAUGGGACAUUUAACUAAUCUGACACUAUUGACAAUCACACACACACACGAAUACGCAUUGUCACACAAAAAUCACACUGACUGCGCCGCCUCAGAGAGCAAAUCAGAUUUAUUGUGUUAAUUCUUGUAAUAAUAAGCGACAAAUUGUUACAGGAAUUUUGGCCGUUUUGCAUUUGCGAUACUCCAGAUUGAUGCAUUACCAUUGCCGGCGUCAUCAUCGAUAUGGCGGUCAAGGUGCAGUUCGAAAUUGGUCACACAUCAAAGCUGCGCAGCAAGAAACAUCCACAGGCCUUCACCCACGAUUGGGAGAUCUAUGUGCAAGGCGUGAACAAGGCGGACAUCAGUGCGUUCGUUGACAAAGUCGUCUUCAUACUCCACGAAUCAUUUCCAAAACCAAAGCGUGUAAUCAAAGAGCCACCGUAUGCCAUACAGGAGUCGGGCUAUGCCGGCUUCUUACUGCCCGUCGAGAUCUAUUUUCGCAAUCGGGACGAGCCCAAGCGCAUAAUGUACCAAUAUGAUUUGGAUCUGCAGCAAACAGGGCCGCCCCUUCAUCGGGUCGAAGUCAAAACCCAUGUUUUCGAGGCGCCUUCGGAGGAGUUUCGUGCCAAGCUAAUGCGUGGUGGCGGUGUGCCUGUUUUUGGUGCCAAUAUCGCUUCAGCCGGCAGUUUGAGUCGCACGCUUUCGCCCAGCGUUGGCGAUCUGCCCGGCUCAGAGUUGGCUGUGGUCAAGGCGAAGGGCAGUGGCGGUGGCAGUAUGGUGAUUGAUGGUGGCUCUGGGUCGAGUAAAAAGCACAAGCCACGCAACGACGACAGCGGCAAGGUUAACUCCUUCUCGGCAUUGUUUGGCACACCGAUCACCAAAGGCGGCGCUGUGCCAGCGAUUAUGCCAGCAAUAACAGCAUCAAAACAUUCUCCAGAUACAAAGGGACAAGCAGGCUCGAGUAGCGGUAAGAUUGGAUCGCAUGAUGGUAAGGAAAAGUCGAGUAAGGAGCGGGACAAAUCCAAUAGUUCGGACAAACCGCGCGACAAGGACAAAAAGGAUCGUCAUGGGCGCGACAAGGAGCGCAAAUCGGGCAAGUCCGGUGAGAGCAGCAGCAGCAGCAAACACGAUCGCGAUAAGGAAAAGUCGAAAAAGGAUAAGACACGCGAUAAGGAACGAGAACGUGAGAGCAGCAGCAGUAGUGUCCUUGCUGCCACAGCAUCCAAUGCAUUAGUCAGACGCAUAGUUAGUCCCAAGCCAGGAGGAGGCAGAAGCAGUCUCUCCGAUAUGAGUCCCAAGAAACAUUCGGGUGACAGCGCUGCUGUCACGCCAAAUUCCCGCUCAAAGGAUCGCGAAGAGCACAAAUCGACAGGUAAAUCGGAGACGAAGGAUAAGGAGCGUAGCUCCAACAAAAAGUCAAAGAAAGAGAAAAAAGACAAAGAGCGUGAACGUGAACGCGAAAAGCAGCGCGAGGAACGUGAGAAGGAGAAACGUGCGCUCAAGGAUGAGCGUGGCCACGGCGACAGUCCGGCCACUAAUAGCAGCAAUAGUCUAACGCAAUCAUCACAACCGCCAUCACAAUCCCAGAACAGCUACGAUGCUGUAAAGACGACUGGUGGCAAGUCGACGCCAAAUUCGCUAGGCAGCAGUGCCAGUGCAAGUAGUCUUGCCUCGAGCAGCGGCAAGCGGACACACGAUAAGGAUGAGAUGUCAACGCCUGGUCAGCAAACAGUAGCGAAAGUCGCCGAAAAAGGUUCAGAUACAAAGACGGAUAAAACAAGCAACAGCAAUGGCAGCGCCACGGAAAAGAAAUCACAUAAGCACAAGAAGAAGGAUAAGAGCAAAGACAAGGAUAAGGAAAAAGAUAAGGACAAGGAGCGAAGUGAUCGCGAUAAGGACAAAGAAAAGGAACGUGACAAGGACAAGUCUAAGGAGCGUGAAAAAGAGAAAUUACAACAACAGCAGCAGCAACAACAGUUGCAGCAGCUCUCAACUGCUUCGGACAAAUUGAUAUCAUCAGUAGGCGCAGCAUCAGAUGCAUCACCCAAAACAGAACUCAACAACCAGCCGUCAGAAGCUGCUAGCACAGAUAAAUCGGCAACCGUGAACAACAAGAAGGAGAAGCACAAGAAAUCCAAGGAAAAGAAUGCAAGCAAAGAAGAGAAACGUCAACGUGAAACAGACGGCAAGCACAACAGUAACAAGCAGCUGCAGCAGCAACAGCAAGCGGCGUCAUCAGCCAUAUUACCAUCCUCAAGCGCAGCUCAAUCAGCAACAGUUAAGGCGCCCAGUAACUUGGAUUUGAGCGAUAUGGAUUCAGCACAAUCAGCGCCAGAUAUAGCCGCGACAAAUGCACUAGCUGCGGCAACAGCUGCCACACUGCAGCAUUCUGACAGCUCGAAUAGCAGUUUUCCCGAUCUGCCCGCUAAGAGCAGCCAACAAAAGAGCACAAAGAACGCACAGAAUUCAACACAUGGCAAGGAGAGUAAAUCUUCUGCAUCUGCGACUGGUGCUAGUGGUAAGGAGCACAAAGUUAAGUCAAAGCUCGCCGAAAAGUCAGAGAAGACUGAAAAGUUGGACAAAUCACCUGACACCAAGCCAGAGAAGUUGGACAAGUCUGAGCUGAAAGAGGAAAAGAAACGUAGUCGCCGCAACUCGCAGAAUAGCAAUAGUGGCAGCAACAACACCACCAGCUCCACAUUUAUAGAGCCACCAGUCAAAACCACAAAGAAAGAGCAGCCUGCAAAAGCUGCACGCGAGAAAUCAAAGUCACCAUCUCUGCGACCAGCGGCUGUCGCAACGGUGGGCCACAAUAACAUUACGUCCUCACCCAGCAGUCACAUUAAUAACAACAAUAACAACAGCUGUCCAGCAAUAAUGAAUAAUAACAACAACAGCAACAGCGGUCAAUCGCCGGCAGAGCAACUGCAUCAACCACUAGUUGGUGGUGGUGGUGGCGGAGGUGGCAACAAUACGCCAUUGCCCACAGAAUAUUUGACCGAACUGCAGGAGCUGCAUCACAAGAUCAUGACGCUGCAGGACAAUGAGGAGCUGCAGCAAGUUGUCGAAAUGAUUGCUGCCACCGGCUGCUAUGAGAUUACGCAUAAAACUUUCGACUUUGAUCUCUGCAAAUUAGAUCGGAGCACUGUACAGCGAUUGCAGGAUUUCCUGGCGACAUCUGUGUCGUGACACCAAAUGACUGCAGCAGCAACAAAUGCGGCAACAGCUGCCUAUAGCUAAGCGAGAUGCACCCAAAAAGAAAAUGGAAACAAAAAACACAAAUCUCUCAUGCACAUAACCAAAUAAUCAUUA